ACAACGGAACAAAAUAGUUUCAAUCAACAAAAUGAAUAAAAAAUUUAGCUUCAAUUUGAUGAAAAAAAUGUCGGGUAAUAAUGCGAAAUCCGAAAAUAAUCAACUUGAUCCUAAUGAUAAUGAAGAAGAUGAAAUAUCUUCAUCAGCAUCAUCGAAUUCGAAUGAUAAGGAUUCUCAUUUAGCUGAUAAUAAUCUUGAAGGAGCAUAUGAUUCGACUAAAUUUGAUUUUCCGGAUGCACCACCACAUGUACGAAAUUUAUUUCAAUUUAUUGGACAUUAUUCACCACAGAUGAUUGAAAUUGGACCACGAUUAAAACCAUUCAUACCAGAUUAUAUACCCACUGUUGGUCAUGUUGAUGCAUUCAUUAAAAUACCAUAUCCAGAUGGUCGCACCAACAAUCUUGGAUUGAAUGUACUUGAUGAACCAAGUAUUGAACAAUCUGAUGCUACAUUGUUACAAAUGAAAUUAAAAGCAUUAUCACGGGAAAAGAUUCAAACAGCAAUUGGAAAUGAUGAUAACAAAACUAAUGAAAUGGGUAAUGAAUCGACAAAUUUGAUGGCAGUUACUUCUACAGAUCCAGUCGUACCAUUAGUAAUGCCACAUCAAUCAAACAUAACUAAAGAGAUUGAUAAAUGGAUCGAUUAUAUUAAACAAUUACAUGAAACAACAGCCCGACCAGAAUCGGUAGCACUUAUACAUCAACGACCUGAUCAUGAAAAUAUUGAAUCAUUAAUGCAAGAAUGGCCCGAAGAAUUGGAAACAACAUUAAAUGUUCAUACAAUACCAACACCGGAAUUAGAUUGUAGUCUUGAAGAAUAUAUGACAAUUUUAAUGGCCAUUUUAGAUAUACCAGUACAGAAUAAUAAAAUUACAUCACUUUAUCAAAUGUUUACAUUGUUGAAUGAAUUUCAAAAUUCACAACAUUUUAAUAAAUAUGAUGAACAAUAGAAUUAAA